CCUACUUUUAUCAGGAAAAUAUGCUUUGGGGGCUUCGAAUCCAAUCUGUCAUCCAUCAUGUACUGCUUGUCCGCCAAUGACAACCAGCCGAUGGCGCAAGUGUUUCUCCCCCCGCUACCUUAAUUGAAAUUAAUGGCCGAUGCUUCUCUUCCCCUCCCCGCCCAACGUCUUUUUUUUUCGACCUCCCCUCUUCUCUUCCUGUCACACCACAACAUUUGUCGCUGUGUGACUCGAGACAUACCGAUUGUCGCAAGGGCAUAUAAGUCUGAAGGUUUUCAGUCACUCACGGACAACAGACUAGAGAGGCGCUGCGAUCACUUUCCAGCCGCCAUCACGGACCACCGGGAUCUACACUGCCAAUUUGCGGAGGCACAACAACCCCAACAAUAAUCACCAUGUGCCAAGAACACGAGAACCAGAACAAUGACCACCUGGUCCAAUCCUCCGAUC